AUGGCGUUUUCAAUCUGCAAGACGACUCCCUUCACUUCGUUCUCUAACCUCACCACCACCAAAAACGGUUCUAUCGAACCAUCACUAGGGUUUACCAGAAGAACGAGCAUCGGAGUUCUCAGGUGUUCGUUCGAACGCAGCGAUGGAAAGAAAGCCAGCGUUGUAUCCAAUUCCAAUUACGUUGUACCUAUUGACGAUUCCCUUUCGUUCUCAAAUUCAUCCUCAACCAUAACUCGUCCUUUAGCUGAAAUUCUCAGAGACCUCAACAAAAGAAUUCCUGAUACUAUCGUUAAACCACCUCACGAUCCAUCUUCACCCACCUUCAUCCCCUGGUAUCAUGCCAAUAGGAUGUUGAGCUUCUAUGCUCCAGGAUGGUGUGGAGAGAUACGUGAUGUUAUUUUCUCUGAUAAUGGAACUGUAACUGUUGUGUACCGGCUGACUGUGCGUGGAUCUGAUGGAGAGGCUUAUCGCGAGUCAACCGGGACAAUAUCAACUACUGAUGCCUCCAUUACUGAUCCAGUUUCAUCAGCAGAGGAAAAUGCUUUCUGUAAAGCAUGCGCUCGGUUUGGUCUUGGCUUAUACAUGUAUCAUGAAGAUAAAACCAGUGGCGUAUAA